AUGAUGCAAGCUGAAACAAAACAUCCUUUAGAUCCAUUGUCUGCAGCUGAAAUUGCUGUGGCAGUUACAACUGUCAGGGCAGCUGGGGAAACUCCUGAGGUGCGGAAUGGUAUGCGAUUUAUUGAAGUGGUUCUUAAAGAGCCAGAUAAGCACAUUGUUGCAUUAGCAGAUGCCUACUUUUUUCCACCUUUUCAACCUUCACUACUUCCAAAAACCAAAGGUGGUCCAGUGAUUCCUCGUCAACUUCCUCCUAGGCAAGCUAGGAUUGUUGUUUAUAAUAGGCGCUCAAAUGAGACCAGUGUUUGGACUGUUGAAUUAUCGGAGGUUCAUGCAGCAGCUCGUGGUGGUCACCAUCGAGGGAAAGUCAUUUCAUCAAAAGUUGUUGAAGAUGUACAGCCACCUAUGGAUGCAAUGGAGUAUACUGAUUGCGAGUCUGUUGUCAAGGAUUAUGGCCCUUUCAAGAUUUGCCCAUCGGAAAACUGUCUCGAUGAUGCUUGCCAAGUGCCACACCCUGAACAAAACUCACUAGCUUUCGACUUGGAGCAUCUUCUUCACCAUGGUAUCCAACUAGAAGGACCAAGUUUCCGUGUCAAUGGCUUCCAUGUAGAGUGGCAGAAGUGGAAUUUUAUCCCAAGGGAGGGACUGGUUAUUCACUCUGUUGCAUAUGAUGAUGGUAGUAGAGGUCGGAAAUCUGUUGCACACAGACUGAGUUUUGUUGAGAUGGUUGUUAAUGAUGGGGAUCCGAAUGAGCCACAUUAUAGGAAAAAUGCGUUUGAUGCUGGAGAGGAUGGUCUGGGUAAAAUGCUCAUUCUUUAA